AUGACGUUCUGGGUCUCGACUAAGCCGUUCGGCACGACCUUGGGCCCGUACGUUAUAAUUUGCUCUCUGGCCGUGCUGAUGAUCCUAGCCGUCCCUGCUGGAGAUUCUUUCACUUUCGUCAAUUAUUUGAACAUCAUCCCGUCUGCUGCCUUUAACUUUGCAAUGGCUCUUGGUAUCUACGUUGUUCGCUGGCGCCGAAGUAAAGCGAACCUGCCCGAACCCGAAUUCAAGGCCUGGAACUUCGUGAUUCUGUUUAAUAUCCUAGUCCAGCUCUGCCUCCUUGUCAUGCAUCCGCCCACAGGUGCACAGUAUGCUGGUGAUGUCAGCUUUUGGUAUGCAACGUAUGCCGUGACAGGAAUUGGAAUAUAA